GUUCCGUACAAACUCUCCCGCCACCUGGGAGAAGCGGCUGCCGGCGUUUGUGUUUUCCCGCGUUUGUGUGCUUGCAAGUGACCAAGAUGCAGUUUUCUGGAGGAAAGAGGAGGAAGCUGAGACUGGCAGGUGAUCAGAGAAAUGCUUCCUACCCUCAUUGCCUUCAGUUUUACUUGGAACCACCUUCUGAAAACAUAUCUUUGACAGAGUUUGAAACCUUGGCUAUUGAUAGAGUUAAAUUGCUAAAAUCAGUUGAAAAUCUUGGUGUGAGCUAUCUGAAAGGAACUGAGGAAUACCAGAGUAGGUUGGAAGCUGAGCUCCGAAAGCUUAAGUUUUCCUACAGAGAAAACUUAGAAGAUGAAUAUGAACCACGAAGAAAAGAUCAUAUUUCUCAUUUUAUUUUGCGCCUUGCUUAUUGCCAGUCCGAAGAUCUCAGACGCUGGUUCAUUCAACAAGAAAUGGAUCUCCUUCGAUUUCGAUUCAGUAUUUUGCCCAAGGACAAAAUUCAAGAUUUCUUGAAAGAUAGCCAUUUGCAGUUUGAGGCUAUAAGUGACGACGAGAGGACUUCCCGAGAAAAGGAGAUUAUUGCCUCAUCACCAAGUUUAAAUGGGGCUAUCUUGGAGACAGAGUCGGUUUAUAAGAUCCCUUUUGCUGAUGCUCUGGAGUUGUUCCGAGGAAGGAAAGUCUAUUUGGAAGGUGGCUUUGCUUACGUACCACUUAAGGAUAUUGUGGCAAUCAUCCUGAACGAAUUUAGAGCCAAACUGUCCAAAGCUUUGGCAUUAACAGCCAGGUCUUUGCCUGCUGUGCAGUCUGAUGAAAGACUUCAGCCUCUGCUCAACCACCUCAGUAAUUCCUACACUGGCCAAGAUUACAGUACUCAGGGAAAUGUUGGAAAGAUUUCUUUAGAUCAGAUUGAUUCGCUUUCUACCAAAUCCUUCCCACCUUGCAUGCGUCAGUUACAUAAAGCCUUGCGGGAAAAUCACCAUCUUCGUCAUGGAGGCCGAAUGCAGUAUGGGCUCUUCCUGAAGGGCAUUGGUUUAACACUGGAGCAGGCAUUGCAGUUCUGGAAGCAAGAAUUUAUCAAAGGAAAGAUGGAUCCAGACAAGUUUGAUAAAGGCUACUCUUACAACAUCCGUCAUAGCUUUGGAAAAGAAGGCAAGAGGACAGACUAUACACCUUUCAGUUGCCUGAAGAUUAUUCUAACCAAUCCACCAAGCCAAGGGGAUUAUCAUGGGUGCCCAUUCCGUCACAGCGAUCCAGAGCUGCUGAAGCAGAAGUUGCAGUCAUACAAGAUCUCUCCCGGAGGCAUAAGCCAGAUUUUGGAUUUAGUAAAGGGUACACAUUACCACAUAGCCUGUCAGAAAUACUUCGAGAUAACACAUAAUGUGGAUGAUUGUGGCUUUUCUUUGAAUCAUCCUAAUCAGUUCUUUUAUGAGAGUCAACGUAUUCUAAAUGGAGGUAAAGACAUCAAGAAGGAAGCCGUCCAACCAGAAACCCCUCAACACAAACCAAAUGUCCAGAAAACCAAGGAUGCGUCAUCUGCUCUGGCCUCUUUAAAUUCCUCUCUGGAAACGGAAAUGGAAGGAAUAGAAGAUUACUUUAGCGAAUGAUUCUCGAGCAGUUUAGCAACUCCUUUCUUCUCUAGCCUUCAUUCCUACUUUACGAUUCUGCCUUUUUCUUUUUUAACUUUAACUUCUCCCUUUACUCCUCCCCAGUCCAUCCACAUAGAUACGCACGCAUUAGGAAACCACGCUUGCAGGUAAAAACACAGAACCGCACUAUGUUUUGCGUUGACAAAAGGGAGGAUGAAGAGUUUCUGUUAAAGUCUGUCACUUGAAUGGUAUGAUUUAAGUUCUGUUUUAAGAAAUAAAAACAGCUUUCUGGACUGAUUGAAGUCCAGAAAAUACAACUAAAACCACUUUUAUUUUAACCCUUCUUUGUCAUUUUGACCCAUUCCUUCACCCAUUUUUGUUAAUAAAUAUCAA